ACCCCUUUUGAUGGCCUAAUGGCUUCAUGUCCUUCACAGGAAGGUAGUGGUGCCGUGAUCAUCAUCUAGACUAGACCCACCGAUUGAAAGCACUGUCCUUCUGGGCCUCUGCCACUCUUAUCGCAUGUCCCGUCGAGAAUGCUCCGCGCUGACUGGGCGGCUGGAGGCUCACAGAUCGCCUUCAAUGGACACUGACACCAUUAUAAUCGGAAAUGGGCCUUCGGCCAUGAUCCUGUCCUUUAUUCUGCACGGUCACGUCCCGUAUUAUUCCCCCAAUCCUCCACAUCCCGAUCCUCUUCUUCAUGCCAAACUCAAAGAUCACCCGGCGUUGCUGGAUGCCGAUGUCGAUGCUCUGACGGAGCAUUUUGCCGCUUCUCGACUGAGCUACUCCACUCAAGCUCUUCCGGUCAAUGUAUUAUUUGACACCCUUUUCCGCCCUAGUAUCGAUGUGGAAGAACUGGGUAGCAUUUCAAAUAUCGAAUGGCGAUAUGUGCCUGAAAAAGCGGUUCCUCAUUUGGUUGUCGGAAAUGCGCCACGGCCUGGUGGGCAAUGGACCGAAAAUCUCGUCCCUGCCAGUUGGGACAUUCAGACUUUGAGCUAUGCAUCUAUGUUAUCUCUUCCGGGUUACUCCUUCGCACAGCAUUAUCGGAAAGUCACCGGCAAAGAGCUCCCUGCGUUCACCCGACCCAGUAGACAGGAGACCGCGGAAUAUUUCCGGAUGUAUCCGGAAGCAGUUGGGAUUGCGGAUGUUUUCAAGAGCAAUGAAACCCUAGCCGGUAUCUCCAGAACAGAGAGUGGCUUUUUCAUUCAGUCACACAAUAUUCAUUGCAAGAACGUGGUUUUGGCGAGCGGUAUAUUUUCCGAGGUGAUACAGCCUCGUCCGCUGCUCCAGCCACUCCUCUCGUUGCAACCCGUCCCGGAUAUCCCUCUUCUCAUUAUUGGGUCUGGGUUUUCAGCUGCAGAUGUAAUUAUCUCAGCGCCAAAAGAUCAGAAGGUCAUUCAUGUAUUCAAAUGGGAUCCCGAAAAUCGGCCCUCUCCCCUGCGAGGCUGUCACCAACAAGCCUACCCCGAGUACGCGGGGGUCUACCGUUUGAUGAAACGAGCUGCUGUUGCGGCAGCGCCAACCACAAAUAAACGACCUACCAGAGUGAAGCGGACGACAUCAAGCCCGUUUCUCGAAAGUCGUGCUUGGGAUGAGGUUUAUCAAGGAUAUCCAAACACUGAAAUAAUCGGCGUGGAUAUGGAGAAGGAAUUUGCUACCAUUACCUUCCGCCGAACCGAUGGCACCACUUUCUCGCAACCUGUACGCGGCAUGGUGUAUGCGACUGGUCGCCGAGGCUCCCUUGGUUACCUGGACCGUGGACUCCUUUCUGAGAUCUUGGAACAUGAUGAGAAAGGCGAAAUAAACCCGAUCGUCUCUGGGCAGACCCUGCGACAGAACGCAUUUGAAAACAUGGAGAUUGCGAAUAAUGUCUUCAUCGUUGGCAGUUUGACGGGCGACACUCUCAUUCGGUUCGCACAUGGCAGCUGUGUUCAAACAGCAGGCAAACUGAUCCGUACAUUUACUGGGGAAAACAGGGCCAGGGCUAAGGCGGUGGUCUCUACCCGAUCACAGGGAUCAUCCCCGGGGCUGAUGCAAGGCAUUGAUGGCCACGAUGUUUACGGGAACGGAAAUCACAGGGUCCAGCUCGAUAAGAUUGAUAGCUGUCGGACGGAGUACCCUAUGCCCGAGAAGUCGGGCUUGCUUGGAAGCAUAUGGAAAGCACUAACGGCAAUCUGGUGACGAUAUCAUGUGUUCUAACCUCUUUACUAUACAUACACAUCUCACAUAGAUCUAGAAGGCAGGUGCGAGACCUUUAUAUUGUAUAAAAUCGAUUAAAUUUAG